AUCACACUAGACAUCCGUGCACCCUCUCACCUCUCCUGCAUGUAAAGCAGAACCCUAAAGGCGGGAAAAUUUCGGAAAAUCUCCGACAGUCCUCAGAAAUUUCUUAAUUCAAACACCAUGAAUGAAAGGAGGCUCUAGGCCCGCCACCCAAGUUUACCCAUUUUCUUUCUCUUAUAGUAGGUAAAUGGAAAGUAAUAAGUCAAUAUAUUGCUAUCUUUAUUUUGGAGGGGAGAUCAUAAAGGCUGACGAUGGGUCCAUCAAUUAUAAAGGUGGAUGUACUAAUGGCAUAUGUAUUAAUCAAGGAAUCUCACAUGCUGAGUUUGUUUCUAAAGCAAGUAAGAAAGUCCAAAUUGACCCAUCUAGUCUGUCAUUUAAGUGCACCUUGAAGUUUGAUAAAUCUUUACUCCAGCCAUUGGAUGACGAUGAUGACAUAUAUAACAUGGUCCUCUUCAAUGACGGUUUCUCAAGAGUCUAUGUAUUUGAAGCUCAUAACGGAGGAGUAAAGCAAGGAGUAAUAGAUGAACAAAGCACUUCUGUUAAUGUGGAAAACAAUCAUUUUUCAUCGCCAUCAUCAUCAUCUCAAGGUGUAAAUGAUGAUAACACCAUUCAGAGACAUGAAGUUGUAUCAAGAUGCAUAGAGUUUGAAGCAAUUCCUCCAGUUUCAAGUACUCUUGGAAAGGCUAUAUCAGGUAGUGGGCAAAUUUUUACAAAUGCUGAUGAAUUCCGGAAUGCACUAUACCUUACCUCCUUAGCUGGACGAUUCAACUACAAGUUCAAGAGGAAUUCUUUAAAGCAGAUGACUGCAUGUUGCACAGCUGGUGGAUGUCCUUGGAAGAUAACUGCUCGUGGUGUUGGGGCUACCAAAAUUGUGAGAGUGCACACAUUUGAAAACAAACAUAAUCACUCUGCACAGGAGGAGUCUUCAUCAGUGCCUGCAUUACGACCAAAUAAAGCGGCACUUGUAAUUGAUGAUAUGAUAAGGGCUAACCCUGAUUACCUGCCCCGUCAAAUCUGUGAAGAUUUUGAAAGGCAACAUGGAGUGAAAUUGACCUACAAUCAAGCUUGGAAAUGUAAAGAGAAGGCGAAGGAGAGAAUAUUUGGUCUUCCACACAAUUCAUAUAAGUUGCUGCCCUGGUUAUGUAAGCAGUUAAUGGAAACUAAUUCUGGGACAAUUGCUGAAUGGACUUCCUCAGACGAAGGUAAUUUCAUGCAAUUGUUCAUUGCACAUGGAUUUUCUGUGCAUGGGUUUUUAAUGGGAUGCCGACCUAUCAUAUCCAUUAACUCAUCCAACUUGAGUGGGCCACACAAAGGUGCUUUGUUUUCAGCCUUGGCAUAUGAUGCUGAUGAUGACAUGUUUCCAUUAGCAUAUGCCAUUGUGAGUUCGGAAAAUUAUUAUAACUGGUUUUGGUUCUUACAGAGGCUAAAGCAGUUGGUUGGUGAAAUGGAGGUGGUCAUCAUUUCUGGAAGGCAUCAUGCGAUUAUUCGUAGUGUUGCAGAAGUUUUUGGAGUUGAAAACCAUGCAUAUUGUUAUCGUCAUCUAAAGGAGGACUUUAGCCACCAGUUGAUGAUGGGAAGGGAAGGUAAAGAUAACGCUCUAAAACUACUUGAUGCUGUUGCAUAUGCAAGGAUAGAAAUUGGUUACAACAGUGCAAUGGAGAACUUAAGGAGAUUUGAUGCUAACUUAGCCAAAUGGGUUGAAGAUAACAAUCCUGAACACUGGGCGAUGUCAAAGUUCCCUAAAAAGCGUUGGGACAAAAUGAAUACUAAUAUCUUUGGGUCAAUUAGUGCUUGGGUCAAAGAAGAACAACAUCACACAAUAUUUAGUUUCAUUGAGAAGCACAUGGAUAUGCUAGCCUCUUUGUUAGUUGAACGUAAAACCACAAUGCAGAGUUGGGAAAGAUCCAUUGGCCCAAAAACUGAGGAUAAACUCUUGCAUAACAUUGCCAAAAGCAAAACAUUUUCAGAUGGGAAGGCAAAGAUAAGCGUUGACUUGAGGCAGCAUACUUGCACUUGUUUGGCUUGGCAGAUGUCGGGCAUCCCAUGUGAGCAUGCAUGUGCAAUGAUACAGAAGAUGAACCAAGAUGUUUAUGAAUUUGUUGAUGAUUGGUAUCAUUUGUUCAAGCAGGAAAUGGUUUAUUCUGGCACUUUGCAUCCACUUGAGUUUCAGAAUCUGCCAACAGUUCAUUCAGAUGGAAAUGUGCAUGAUCCAAAUGGUUAUGUGCAUGUUUCUCUUGAUCCUCCUGUUACAAAACGUUGUCUUGGAAGACCUCGACGGCAAUGAAUCAGGCCAAAUUUAGAGAACAGAUAAUUGUACAUUGCUCUCAUUGCAACGGCAGUCGGAAUUGUGCUACCUGCAAUGAUCCAAAUAUCUGAUCUAAAUCUUUGUAUGAUUUGAUGUCCAGCUAUUGCAGACAUUUGAUCUAACCUUUUUUACAUAUUGUAUUUGGUUUUCCAAAAUUCUAUCUGGGUGUUAUUUGUAACCGAGUGUGUUAUGACCUUUUCAUUUUGUUAAGUUGCUCCUGAUUCUUAAUGCUCAAAUUGAUCAAAGAAUUAUGAAAUUAAUCUAUUAGUUGUUCUUCAA